AUGGAGGUGGUCGCGGUGUGCAUCUUGUGCACGGUUGUGGCGGUCGCGGCGAUGGUGUGCAUUCUCAUGGCACGGGCGAUGUGGCGAGCUGGUGCGCGGGAGGCGGUGCUGGACGCUGACCUAGUGAGGCAGAAGGAGGCGCCCCAGCAGGCGGAGCGCAAGAGCAUGAACACCUUUGCCCGUGCCAGCCAUGACAUCCGCUCCUCGCUAGCCGCCGUUGUCGGGCUCAUCGAGCUCUCUCGAUUGGAGGCCCACGACAACCCCAACCUCACCUACAACCUCGACCAAAUGGAUGUUGGCACCAACAAGCUCUUUGAUAUACUUAACACGAUCCUGGAUAUGGGCAAGGUGGAGUCCGGGAAGAUGCAACUAGAGGAGGUGGAGUUCAAGAUGACAGAUGUGCUUGAGGAAUCCAUGGACCUGGCGAAUGUCAUCGGCAUGUCAAGAGGCAUCGAGGUAAUCUGGGACCCUUGUGACUUCUCCGUGCUUCGAUGCACAGCCACCAUUGGUGACUACAAGCGUGUCAAGCAGAUCCUUGACAACCUACUGGGCAAUGCCAUCAAGUUCACACACGAAGGCCACGUCAUGCUUCGGGCAUGGGCCAACCGCCCAAUCAUUAGAAGAUCCAUGAUUAGCACCCCAACGAGGUUUGCCCCCCACCGUCGCCGUGGUGGGGUCUUCCGAUGGCUCCUUGGAAGGAGGGAGAAAUGUAAUGAACAUAAUGGUUGCAUGUUCUUGCAAAACGAUCCCAAUUCGGUUGAGUUUUAUUUUGAGGUGGUUGACACUGGUGUGGGGAUACCCAAGGAGAAGAGGGAGUCUGUGUUUGAGAACUAUGUUCAAGUGAAGGAAGGGCAUGGUGGUACCGGGCUUGGACUUGGAAUCGUGCAAUCCUUUGUUCGUCUGAUGGGAGGAGAAAUCAACAUAAUGGACAAGGAGCCAGGGGAAGCGGGAACGUGCUUCGGUUUCAACGUCUUCCUGAAGGUCAGUGAGACUCCAGAGGUUGAAGAGGACAUCGAGCAAGGGAGGACGCCGCCCUCGCUCUUCAGUGAGCCCGCCUGCUUCAAGGGCGGGCACUGCGUCCUCCUCGUCCACGGCAACGAGACCCGUCGGAUCCUGCACACAUGGAUGGAGAGCGUCGGGAUGAAGGUGUGGCCCGUCCCACACACCGGGCUCCUCGCCUCGAUUCUUGACAAGGCGUGCGUCGCCGGCGGUGCCUCACCCUCGAGGGCGGCUUUGAUGUCGCCGCUGCAUGGCGUCGGAGGCGGCGACAUUGAUUGCACCACGGACCGGUGCUUCAGCUCCAAGGAGAUGGUCCGCCACCUGCAGAACAGCGGCGGCAUGGCCGGCAACCACGGCGGGCACGCCCAUCCCUUCGGCCUGCUCGUCAUCGUAGACGUCUCCAGUGGGAUGCUCCACGAGGUCGCCCGUGAGGCGGCGAGCUUGGCGAGGAUCAGGCAUCAGGCGCCGUGCAGAGUCGUCUGCCUGACGGACCUCAAGACCCCCUCCCAGGAUCUGAGGAGGUUCAAGGAGGCGGCGAUGUGCGACCUCGAUCUACGCAAGCCCAUUCAUGGCUCCCGGCUGCACAAGCUCCUCCAGGUCAUGAGAGACCUCCAGGCCUCCCCGUUCCAGCAGCAGCAUCCGUAUCAGUUCGGGACAGAACUGCCAGCGGAGGAUCAGACCUCUCGGGCGGCGCCUGAAAUCACAUCCGAGACGCCGGCGCUCCUUGGACUAGCAGACGGCAGGCCACUGGAGGGCAUGCGCGUGCUGCUGGCGGAGGACACCCCAGUUCUGCAGAUGUUUCAGAAGCAGGUGCUGACCAGUCUCGGAGCAGCUGUGGAUAUUGCCACGGAUGGCUCCAUGGCUGUGGCCAUGUUCACAAAAGCUCUAGAGGAUGCAAAUGGCGUCCCAGAGAGUCACGUAGACACAGUGAUCAGGCCCUACGAUGUGAUCUUCAUGGAUUGCCAGAUGCCGGUGAUGGAUGGCUAUGAGGCGACGAGGCGCAUCCCCAAGGAAGAAAGCCACCACGGCAUCCGCACCCCGAUCAUCGCACUGACCGCGCAUUCCGAGCAAGAGGGUCUGCAGGAGGCCAUCCUGGCAGGGAUGGACCUUCACCUGACAAAGCCCAUACCGAAGCUGAAAAUCGCAGAGAUCGUUCUUGAACUCUGCAACGAAAUUAAAAAGUGAUGAUGUUCCGUUUGCUCAUUCCCCGGUUGUGGCAUGAUCAAAAUCGGAAAUCUCCGUUGCAGCUCAACAGACCACACAACCCUCAGCUUCGUUUGUCAUUGUCCUCGCCUUCGUCUUCCUCUUCUUGCUGGACCUGUCACACUGGUCAGAUAGCAACAACGCGGUUGGUGAGAUGGUUCCGGGUGGUGGAAGAGGCAGGGAGUGAGCAAUGCAGAGCGAGAUGGCGAUAGAAAGCAAAAGUUUUGGUGGCUGGUUUAGGAGUCAGUCAGAGUGGGCACUGCAUUUGCAUUCCUAUGAUAUGAUGCAAGACUACAAGAUGCCUCCAGUUGCUCUGGUUAUUUGCUGAUUUCUGCCGCGUUGUUGCUUUUACAUUGACUAGCUGUGGACAGCAAAAAAAAAAGAUGAAUUAACUCCUUUUUAGCGGGGAAUGAAAGAACACGGAUGGAGGCAACCAGAGCAUGAUAAGCUGUAACGCGUGGUUGAGAAAGUUUUCCUCUUUGAAAGGAACUGACCGUCGUCUGCCAACACCCCGAAUUUCGUUUGGACGUCUGUGUUUUUCUUUUCGAGCCAUCAUAUUCAUAACCCAACCUGUACGUGUGUCAUUCCAAGUACUGAACGGUUGGUUUAAUUCAAACUUAUCUGAAACUGAGUUCAGAGAUCGAUCAUAAGUUCAUAACACGCGUCAAA